CUUCUGUUAAAAAAGUAUUCGAUUUAAUAUAUGGACGUUGUAUUUAGUAAGACUCCGCUGAAUGUUACCCAUAUAAUAGUAUAAAUGUAAUAAGUUUUUGAUAUACGGGUGUCACAUUUAGGGUUGUCUCGUUGAACCCGUAUCCGACUCUGUUACCAUGGUAACCAUUAUUUUUAUUAACACCAUGGAAACAUGGUAGAUCAUUAACGUUUUAUAAGGUUGAAGUCAACAGCUUCCCAUCACAUUUAUUACGUUUUAAAAAUAUUUAAAGAUAAAUAGAAGUUAAUCUGCAGAACUAAAGUGUUUAUUAUGUUUUACUUGUGAGUGAAAGUAUUGUUUUGAGUUUAAAAAUAACUAAUACAAAUUAAAGACUGUUAAUAUAACAUUGCAAACUAGUUAUUUAUUCCGGUGUUUGUUUGUAAUACUUGGAGAACAUUCAUUCAAUUACGGCGACCAAUCCGUUUCCGAGCGCCUUGAUCGAUUGGCGUUGUGUAGAAGUGGAUCUUCUACCGUAUUUACCAUGGAGAGUGUUUAGAGAAGUUGUUCACAUUAAUACCCGCAGACACGCUAAAAUGGCGAACUAGUCAAACAACCAAUGGGAGGCGGGACCAUGCCAGAAAAUGGAGCAUUCAGAUUGGCUGUUUCACUCUGUUCAUUAGAAUCGACCAACCAGAAUUGAGUACGGAAGUAUGGGAAUCCAGUACCAUUUUUGCUACGAACGCGUGUGCACGAGUUUUUCAAAUUUGGAAAAAAAACGUUUUUAUUUGAUUUUGUGUUUAUUUGUUGUUGUGUAGCUCAAAAUUGUGUCUGUGUUUGAUUUGUAAUUGCUGGGAUAAAUCUGUGUGGAUGUUAUAACAUUAUUUCAACACGGUGACGCACAUAUCUUGUGUUGCCGAUUAAAAUGAAAAAGAAGAGAAAAUUAAAACGUAUGAGUCUAUAAAACACGCACCCGUGAUAUCAUUUCAAAAUCACAAUAUUUCUAAAUAAUAUAAACCAGACAGAGACUGGGUGUCCAUUAAAACUAUAAAUAUUUAAAUAACAAGUUAAAAACGUAAAUACGUAAUCGCUUUGUCAACACUUCUGGCACUGCCGCCUUUUGUUUAGUUAGUUUUAAGUGGACUAUCAAAAUAAAACAGUACAGAACUUGAAAGUAUACAACCUUCACGGAUCGGAAAAUAAUUUAUUUCCAGUCAGUUUAAAAAACAAAAACGACAUUGACAAUUAACAAAAUACGCGCGAAAUGCCAGCGUGAGUCUUGCGCGAAGUGAUCGUUUUGGCGCGUGUUUUACUGUGUGGUUCAUAUUGUGGUGGCAAAGUGGCUGGAGACGAGCAUUUAGACAUGUUGGGGGGCCCGGAGUGGGGCCAGCGGGAGGCCACCCCCCCUAGAGAUGCACCCCUGCCGAGUUUUGGCUUCACACAGGAGCAGGUCGCGUGCGUAUGUGAGGUCCUCCAACAAGCUGGCAACAUCGAGCGUUUAGGGCGUUUCCUCUGGUCCCUGCCUGCAUGUGAGCGGCUCCAUGCGCACGAGUCGGUGUUGAAGGCAAAAGCUAUGGUCGCUUUUCAUAGAGGCAACUUCAAGGAGCUGUACAGAUUGCUGGAGUCACAUAACUUUAGUGCGCACAACCACGCGAAGCUUCAGAGUUUGUGGUUAAAAGCACAUUAUAUGGAGGCGGAGAGGCUCCGCGGUCGGCCCCUCGGCGCCGUCGGCAAAUACCGAGUGCGACGUAAAUUUCCACUGCCGCGCACUAUUUGGGAUGGAGAGGAGACAUCUUAUUGUUUUAAAGAAAAAUCGAGAUCAGUACUCCGGGACUGGUAUCUACACAAUCCGUACCCAUCUCCGCGAGAAAAAAGAGAGUUAGCUGAAAGCACUGGACUCACUACUGUACAGGUUUCAAAUUGGUUCAAAAACAGACGACAACGAGACAGACAGGCGGAACACAAAGAUAGUGGCGGUCCCGGCGACAAGCAACUAGACUCUUCGACAGAUGAUGACAGCGAUGCGCCACAUGUCACUCCUGCGCACUUGACGUCAGCACCACCUAUAUACCCACACGCCUUAUACGAACACCCUCUAGCUCACCUGCCGUAUCACCAUUCGUGAUACUAAGCUUUACGUUUAGGAGCUGCUUAUCGCAAAAGGUUAUUUUUUGGUACGAAUCACUUACUAAAAAUCAGUGUCAUUACUCUGUAAAUGAAGUAACAAGUGCCCUCUGUAAUCUUAUUUGCAAAAUUCAAUAUCAUGUAGUUGCAAUGCUUGAUAUGUGUCAAGUUACCUAUUGCUAUACAUAGAUGGCGCAUUUUUAAGAAAUUAAUAAUUUAAUUUCUAUAGCAACUUAAAUUAAGGAAUAAUAAAAAUUAUAACGCAUUAGUACAUAAGGAUAGAACGCACUAUCUAUUAUUUUAUUAUUUAAAUAUAUUUUUUUGCAAAUAGCGCCAUCUAUGUUUAGCAUUAACACAUGUCAGCGUCAUGUGAACGAUAUUGUUGAAAUAAGAUUAAUAUUGGUUUCAUUAUUGAGUCGGGAGACAUCUGUAGAUGUUCAAAUGCCGUAAUUUGUAUUUUUUACUGUUUCGAAACGGAUUCUGUAUGAUUAAAUGAAAUAUUGGUAUAAAUUGAAUAAAAUUGGGUGUGAAUAAGGUUUUAAAAUAAUAGUCUGAAUUUGUGAUUAUUGGCUUCCUAUAGAAAUUAUUGUAUGUUUAAGUUCUAUUUAAUCUAUAUAUUAUUUAUAAGUAAUAUAAGUCACCGCUUUUCAUUUUUAAAAGUUUUAAAACUCGUCCCUAGAUGGCGCCGGAAUACAUUGUAUGUCCUCAUUUUAUUCAUACAUAUUGUACAUUGUCAUAAAUUUAAAUUUAAUUGUAUAUUGUUCUAUAUUUCUUACUCUUUCUGCCAAAUUCUGUUUAAACUAUAUAGAGGACAUACAUUUUUCUAUAAAUAGUUUACGCAAAUAUUAAUUUAAAGAAUAAUUUAUAAAAUCUUUGAGUUGAAAUUUAGAAUCGCAUUUUACAUUAAGAUCUUGCCUGCGUCUUAAUAAAUAUAUUUAUAAUAAGCGUUAUAAAACCAGCACAACUUUUCUAAUAAACUUGAUCACUUUGCAACUAAA